AUGCCUGGAACCUGGCUGACCCUCAAACUGAAAUUGGCCUUGUGCCCUGUGAACUCCCAGAAAGCAUUUACUCAGGUUUCUUUGCAGCUUUGCUUCCCUGUCCAGGCCCAACAAGCACGGAUCAGAAUUAAUCACAUCCCAAGAAGCCAGCGUAUCAGCCUAGAGGCCUACGUGGGCAGAGAAAACGUGGCUCUGAGUAAAUCCGGGUUUGGGGCUGGAACAAAGGGAGGGGUCAGGAUCCAGUUUGGGGUCCUCUCCUCCACCUCGCCGUCCACUCCCGGGCUCUUCGUACUCCUGGCGUCCCGCCAGGGGUUUCCCAAGCUGUCCCAGAGGGCCGGGCUUGGUUCGCCAGCCCCUGGGAAUCCCUGGAGUCUCCAGGCUGGUGUGAAGAGCGGUCGGGGAAGGGGUCCGAGGCACGAGGAGGCUCCUCCGGGGGAUCGCGCGCAUUGGCCCCCUCCAGCGGGCUUCCGUUGUCACGUGACCGCGUCCCAGGUUUUCCAAGUGUGGGGCUGGCGCGUUCGCCGCUCUCCUCCAGACCGUACCGAGCGCUGGUGGGGCUCGGGCGGCAGCUCGGGCUGCUCCUUUUCCCUCGGGGAGCUACCAGCACCUGCCUACCCCCACAACUGUGCUACUUGGGCCCCGCACACGCCUGCGCUGCUACAGCGGGGUGCAGGUGGGGGAUGGAGAGGUCUGAGUGCUGUAAGGCUGGAGGGCUCUCCCUACCCCCACUCCCGGCAGGGCGCGCGUCCCCGGGGCUCCGCACCGGCCCUCGGCCGCCCCUGGCCGGGCCCCAGCGCGCACUUGCAGGGCUGCGGCGGCGGCGAGACCGCGUCGGCGGGGAGGCUGCGCGCCGAGCGCAAGCCGCGAGCACAAACAGGGCGAGGAGGCUGGUGUGAGCGCCUGGGCCCGGUGCCAGCGCGCCGGGGCUGGAACACAAUGUCCCGAGCGGGCGGGCGAGCGGGGAGCGAGAACAGCCUGACUCAGCAGCUGGUGCUUUCGCUGCGUUCCUCCCGGUCCACACGCCUUCGCUGGAGUAACGAGCUACCGAGAGGCCCCCGAAUCUGGUUCCUGGGCCGGGGUGUCAUUGAGGCCCACCAUCUGUGUACUCACUGCUUUCCCACACCCAACACUUUUGUCCAGGUGAAACCUGCUUGUAAUGUUUCCUUUGUUGCCCAGGUUCUGAUUCUGGUAUCCUGGUUCCUGGCCCCGCCAGAGUUCUGGUUCCAGAAGGCCCUUACCAGGUGCCUUGGGCCUCGCUCCCACCCGGGCGCAAGGCCACACUGAAGACAUGGGUAUGAGCAUCCCC